AUGCCUAGUAAUACUGAAAGAAUCCGUCAUCUCUCAUUUUAUCAGGGCAAUUCAUUUGGAGAAGUCGAUUCAAUCCGUUUGCAUAGCAUCAAAUCAUUGAAGACUUGCACAGUGGCAAGAUUUGAUGGCGACAAACUUUUACCUCAUUUAUUGAAAUUCCAUUCUUUACGGGCUCUUGAUUUGAAAUAUAUUAAAGAAGUUCCAUCUUCAAUUGGUAAUUUAAAAUAUCUAAGGUAUUUGAAUUUUUCUUCGGGUGAUUUUGAAAUUCUUCCGGAAUCCAUAUGUCAGUUGUGGAAUUUGCAAAUUUUAAAGUUAGAUCACUGUUAUAGUCUCCAGUACUUGCCUAAUAGUUUGACACAAUUGAAAUCUUUACAACAUAUAUCUUUGAUUGGCUGCUAUAUAUCAAGUUUGCCGCGCCAAAUAGGGAAGUUGACUUCCUUGAGGACUUUGAGCAUGUAUAUAGUUGGCAACAAAAGAGGGUUCCUUUUGGCGGAAUUAGGACAACUAAAUCUUAAAGGAGAGCUUCACAUCAAGCACCUUGAGAGAGUGAAAAGUGUAACAGAUGCUAAAGAAGCCAAUAUGUUUAGUAAGCACUUGAGCCUUUUGUGGUUGUCGUGGGAGAGAACUGCAGAGUCCCAAUUGCAGGAAAAUGUCGAGCAGAUUCUUGAAGUUCUUCAACCUCAUAUCCAUCACCUUCAAGAAUUGAGGGUGGAAGGAUAUACAGGUGUCCAUUUCCCACAAUGGAUGUCUAGUCCUUCUCUAAAAAAUUUACAUUGUGUGUAUAUCAAGGAUUGUCAAAGCUGUUUACACCUCCCACAGUUGGGGAAACUACCUUAUCUAAAGGAACUGUUUAUAUCCAACGUGAGUCGUAUAAUAUACUUAGACGAGGAGUCCUACGAUGGUGGAGCUGAGGGUGGUUUCACAGAACUAGAACAUCUGUCAUUGGAGAAGCUGCCAAACCUGAUAAGGAUAUCAAGGGAGGAUAGAGAAAAUCUUUUCCCGCACCUUUCCGCACUUGUCGUAAUUGAAUGUCCUAAUUUGUUGGGUUUGCCUUGCCUUCCAUCUCUCAAUUAUAUAUGUAUACAAGGAAAAUGCAACCAAGAUUUACUAAGUUCUAUUCAUAAACAUGGUGGUCUUGAAUCACUUUGUUUCUACGAUAAUAAAGAGCUAACAUGUUUUCCAGAUGGUAUGCUAAGAAACCUCAUUUCACUUAAGUUAUUGAUGAUUUGGAGUUGUUCUGAAAUAGAAGUUUUGGAUGAGGCUUUACAACAUGUGACUUCCCUGGAAUCGUUAAUAUUGAGUGAUCUUCAAAACUUGAAAUUGUUGCCUGCAUCAUUGGGAAACCUAGGUUUUCUUCACAAACUAAUAAUUUCUAAUUGUCCGAAGUUGACAUGUCUUCCGAUGAGCAUUCAAAGCCUUACUGGUUUGGAAAGUUUGGGAAUUUACAGCUGCAGCGAGUUGGAGAAACGAUGUGAAAAGGAAACAGGUGAGGAUUGGCCAAAAAUAGCUCAUGUUCAAAAUAUUGAAAUAAGAAACACCAGACUGAUCUUCUGA